AUGAUGGGCAACCCGAUCUCCUCGUUGACAGCUGAGCUGGUCAUGAGUGAAUUUGAAUGCAGAGCUAUUAAAGAAUACCCGAAAAUUUUCCAACAUUGGUCUCGGUUCGUAGAUGAUGUCUUAGAGAUACUAAAAAAACACCAUAUUAACGAAGCCCUUACAAUUCUUAACUCAUACCACGAGAAAAUUCAAUUCACACUUGAAGUAGAAGAAGAACAAAAACUUCCCUUUUUAGACCUAAUCGUACAUAGGGACAAAGAUAAUCUCAAAUUCGGAAUAUAUCGGAAACCUACGAGCACGGAAACAUAUAUCAACAACAGAGCGUUCAACCACAGACCACACAAACUCGCAGCUUUCAACUUCAUGCUACACAGAACAAACAGCAUUCCUUUGAACGAAACUGAUUACAAAAUAGAAAUAGAGAAAAUUUUAGAGAUAGCAGAAAAGAAUAGUUUUAACAAAGGAGAAAUCAAGAAAUUGAAUGAAAAAGUGAAGCAGAGAACCCUAAAUAAGGAAACAUCAAAGCUAAAUAUAGAGAAAGCCGAGAUGAGGUUUAAGAAAUUCUCAUACCAUCCGAAAUAUGCCCCAGCUUUUCGUAGGAUUUUUGAGAAGUUCAACAUAAAACUAAGCUUCACCAAUAGGUUCAAUGUUGCCCAACAAUUUAGCAGGAAGAUUGAAAACAGAAGACCUGACAACGAGGAGAAAGGUAUUUACCAAAUUAACUGUACAGAAUGCAAUAAAUUCUACAUAGGACAGACCAGCCGUUCACUGAAAGUAAGAGCCCAAGAACAUAAAAGAUGUGUUAGAAAUAGACAAACAGAGAAAUCAGCAGUAGCUCUACACUACUGGGAAGAAGGACACGAAAUAUCGUUUGAACCGAAACUGCUAAGAAAAGUCACUGAGAAAAAUAAACUAGACAUAUGGGAAAGUAUUUACAUGUACCAAAAUAAGAACAACAUUUUUAAUACGGAUCUAACGGGAGUAAAUAACAGACUGUUUACAACAAUACACUCGAGAUGUGACAACGAUGGAGGGACGGGAAAUAAUCCGGGACCGAAAUCAGCUGAUUGGAAUUGA